UUGGCCUGAGCGACAGCUCGAUCCCACAAUGCAUUGCGUGGCGCGUCAUUGAACAGAGACCAUGAUGGCGGCGCUCGGUGCACCAGAAGUGAUUUCACAGCUGGAAAGCGCUGCCAAAGUUUUAAUGGCACCACCGUCCAUGGUCAGCACCGAGCAGAGGCAGCAUGCAGAGCACAUAUUCCUCUCCUUUCGCAAGUCCAAAUCACCUUUUGCUGUUUGUAAACACAUUCUUGAGACCAGUAAGGUGGACUAUGUGCUGUUCCAGGCUGCAACUGCCAUAAUGGAGGCUGUGGUAAGAGAAUGGAUCUUGCUGGAGAAGAACAUUAUCGAGUCUCUCCGAACAUUCCUCCUCACCUACGUCUUACAGAGACCCAAUCUGCAGAAGUAUGUUCGAGAACAGAUUUUAUUGGCGGUUGCUGUUAUAGUGAAGCGUGGCUCAUUAGACAAAUCCAUCAACUGUAAGAGCAUCUUCCAUGAGGUCAGCCAGCUUAUCAGCAGUGGCAAUCCAACAGUGCAAACACUGGCAUGCUCCAUCCUGACAGCUUUGUUAAGCGAGUUCUCCAGCUCCAGUAAAACCAGUAACAUUGGCCUCAGUAUGGAGUUCCAUGGCAGCUGCAAGCGCAUCUUUCAGGAAGACGACCUUAAGCAGAUCUUUCUUCUCAACAUGGAGGUUUUGCAGGAGUUCAGUCGUAGGGAGAACCUCAAUGCCCAGAUGUCGUCCGUGUUCCAGCGUUAUCUAGCACUGGCCAAUCAAGUGCUCAGCUGGAACUUUCUCCCACCUAAUCUAGGCAGACACUACAUUGCCAUGUUUGAAGCCACGCAGAACGUCAUGCUGAAGCCUACUGAGUCCUGGAGGGAAGCACUUCUGGACCACAGAGUUAUGGACCUAUUCUUUACUGUACACAGGAAGAUUCGCGAAGACUCCGACAUGGCCCAGGAUUCCCUGCAGUGUUUGGCCCAGCUGGCGUCUAUGCAUGGGCCCAUUUUCCCAGAUGAGAGUGCUCAGGUCACUUACGUCGCCCACCUUGUGGAAGGGCUACUUAACAUGAUCAAUGGGAUUGAGAUCGAAGACUCUGAAGCAGUUGGCAUCUCAAACAUCAUCAGUAACCUGAUUGCUACAUUUCCCCGGAGUGUUCUCACCGCUUUACCAACCGAACUUUUCUCCUCCUUCAUCAACUGCCUGACUCUGCUCACCUGUUCCUUUGGACGUAGCGCUGCCCUUGAGGAGGUGUUGGAUAAAGAUGACAUGGUUUAUAUGGAAGCGUAUGAUAAGCUGUUGGAGUCAUGGCUCACACUGGUACAGGAGGAUGAGCACUUCCCCCGUGGCUGCUUUGUUCAACCCGCUGUGCAGGUCUUCAACUCUUACAUUCAGUGUCACCUUGCAGCACCUGAUGGAACUAGAAACCUGACUGCAAAUGGUGUUGCAUCUCAUGAAGAGGAGGAGAUAAAUGAAUUGCAGGAGGACGACCGAGAACUGUUUUCAGAUCAGUUAGCAAGUAUCGGCAUGUUAGGGCGCAUCGCAGCAGAACACUGCAUCCCUCUACUUACAAACUUAUUAGAGGACAGAGUUACACGGCUUCAUGGACAGCUUCAGAGACACCAACAGCACCUCAUGGCCUCAUCAGAGCCAGACUGUGUGGACCGAAAAGUUUUAGAUGACCUCUACGAAGACAUUCACUGGCUCAUCUUAGUCGCAGGCUACCUCUUAGCUGAUGAUCCUCAGGGGGAGACACCGAUGAUACCCACAGAGGUGAUGGAGUUCUCUAUAAAACACUCCACUGAGGUGGAUAUCAAUACCACGCUGCAGGUCCUCGGCUCGCCUGGAGAGAAAGCCUCCUCUAUUCCGGGCUGCAACAGAACAGACUCCGUCAUCAGAUUGUUAUCAGCUGUGUUGAGGACAUCAGAGGUGGAGUCUCGGGCAACACGGGCAAGUCUAACAGAACUGUUGAGCCCUCAGAUGGGAAAAGACAUUGUGUGGUUUCUGCGGCGCUGGGCCAAAACUUACCUUCUAGUGGAUGAGAAACUGUAUGGUCAGAUCAGUAUGCCCUUAAGCACAGCCUUUGGGGCUGACACUGAGGGGUCUCAAUGGAUUGUGGGUUACCUGCUGGAGAAGGUGAUUAAUAAUCUCUCCGUAUGGAGCUCUGAGCCUGACUUGGCAAAUGACACAGUGGAAUUGUUGGUCACGUUAGUGGAAAAGAGAGAGAGAGCAAAUAUCGUGGUGCAAUGUGAGAACUGGUGGAGUCUGGCCAAGCAGUUUGCCAGCCGUAGUCCUCCACUGCACCUGCUGUCAAGCCCAAUCCAGCGCACACUGAUGAAGGCUCUGGUCCUUGGAGGCUUUGCACACAUGGACUCUGAUACUAAACAGCAGUACUGGGCAGAGGUGCUUCAUCCACUACAGCAACGCUUCCUGAAUCUCAUUAACCAGGAAAACUUUGCUCAGAUCUGCCAGGAGGAGGCAGUGAAGCAGGAGAUUGUGGCCACUCUGGAAGCACUGUGUGGCAUUGCAGAGGCAACUCAAAUAGACAAUGUGGCCUCUCUUUUCAGCUUCCUCAUGGACUUCCUGUCUAGCUGCAUUGGCUUAAUGGAGGUCUACCAGAAUUCACCAGAAACGGUUAACUUAAUCAUUGAGGUGUUUGUUGAAGUGGCACAUAAGCAAAUCUGCUACCUGGGAGAGACUAAGUCUAUGAAGCUGUACGAGGUGUGUCUGACGCUGCUGCAAGUCUACUCUAAGAAUAACUUGGGUCGUAAGAGGCUUGAUGUGGCUGCAGAGGAAGACCAGUACCAGGACCUUCUGCUCAUCAUGGAGCUCCUCACCAACCUGCUUUCUAAGGAGUUUAUAGACUUUAGUGACACCGAUGAAGUCUUCCGAGGACAAGAGCAGAGCUCAGGAGCGGGUCGCACAGUGUCCGCAGCAGAUGUGGUGCUGUUUGGGGUCAACAUUGUGUUGCCCCUCAUGUCUCAGGACCUUCUAAAGUUCCCAUCUUUAUGUAACCAGUACUAUAAGCUCAUCACAUUCAUUUGUGAGAUUUUUCCUGAGAAGAUCCCUCAGCUGCCAGAAGAGCUCUUCAAGAGCUUAAUGUUCUCUCUGGAGUUGGGCAUGACCUCAAUGAGCUCAGAGAUUAGUCAGUUGUGUCUGGAAUCUCUGUCUCCAUUGGCGGAGCAAUGUGCCAAAACCCAGGAGAAAGACACACCUUUAUUUAUUGCAACUCGACAUUUCCUCAAGCUGGUGUUUGAUAUGCUGGUACUGCAGAAGCACAACACUGAAAUGACUGUGGCAGCUGGAGAAGCUCUCUAUACACUUGUGUGCCUGCAUCAGGCAGAGUACUCGGAGCUGGUGGAGACACUGCUCUCCAGUCAGAGAGAUGCUGUCAUUUACCAGCGCCUCGCUGAUGCCUUCAACACGCUCAUGGCCAGCAGCACACCUCCUACGAUGGACCGAAAGCAGAAAGUGGCCUUCCUCAAGAGCCUAGAGGAGUUUGUGGCCAACGUCGGAGGGUUGCUGUGUGUCAAAUAACCACUGUCUCCAGCCUCCUCGUCAUUGUUCUGGAUGCUCCCUCAUUUCUACCUGCGUCCCUCCCAUUGAAAGAAAAGCUCUUCUGAUGAUCUCUCUGCCCUGACAAACUCUGGACAGUUGUAGCAGAACUGUGCUGUUGGAGAGGAGCAUUGAUGUCUGAGGUCCGUUGAAAUGUUCUCUCUGUUGUAGCCAGCAAGUCUGCACAAGCAGAGGGUGGAUGUUGGGAAAAGCAGAGAAGGGGGGGACUCAUAGCAUUCAUCUCAGUCCAAGCUGAUCAAUGGCUACUUUGCCAGUGAGAAGUUGACAGAUGGAUCUAAAAAGAGCUGGGGCAAAGUCUCCUCCCCAGAUACACACUCACUUAAUGCCUCUCCUUGAGUGCCUUUUUCAUGUUUCGGAUCCAGCUGUCUGUACAGCAUUGGGUAGAACUGUGUCUUACUGUGGAGCCCAUGCUCUCAUCACUGAGGGUGCUGGCUCGGAGAAUAGGUUUGUUUUUUCUUUUUAUCAGUCCCUUUUCUGUAUGGCUUAAAAUAAAUUUGCUCAUUUAUUUAAAGUGCAUCCAAACAAGCAAACAAGGAACCACCAGCAAGGAAAUAAGGCUGCAAGAUUGUUGAGACUAUAAUCAUGCAUAAACCCAUACUGAUCACUUUCCAUGUGUAUCAACAAGACCCAGAGCUGCAUGUGGGACUGGCUGCUUAUGUUUAAGCCUAGAAACAUCAGCAGUAGCAUAAAUGCUGAGAUGCAGUCCCCAUUGCUAAUGAGGGAAUUUAUCUAGACAGUGUAGCAAGAGAAGGCUUAGGAGAUCUACACUAUUAGAUAAUUAAAUAUGAGCUCUGAUCCUCACUGCUAUGAUAAAAUGGGGGAAAAAAACAGAUCACUUUGUGUUCAUUGGUGUACAUAUAUUUUCUAAAAGGAAAGAGAUGUACGAUUAAAAACAAUAGGGACUGACAUUUUAUUAGAUUGUAGAUUACAGCCAUUGGAGCUUUUUAUGACUUCACUUGGUGGUAAAUGGGUUCAGGUGAGUUCGUAGGCUUUUUUGCCAGCUCUCCCUGAUCACGGUGAACGUCAUUAUAAAAAAUAAAACAGAUUAUGAACGUUUCCAGCAAAUAAAUGGGGUCACUAAAUGAUAUAUGCCAUUUACUUUUAUUUUUUUACUCGUAUAACCUCAUGGUGCAAGAGAAAACUAGCACACAAACAUCCAAAACAUUGUUAUAGCAAUAAAAUGCCAAAAAAACAAGUCAUCUUUUUUUUUUUUUAUUAAAAAGAAAGACUCAUUUGUUUCCAUGUGUUUAGAGCACUAAUCCUGUUUCUUUCUCUUUUGGAAUGCCUGAAAUGUAUUGUAAAAUGUACAUAAACUUAUUAUAUAA